AUGCCAGUUCCUCUUAUACCUGCUCUGAUUCUUGGCUUUGCGUCUUUCAUUGCUUCAGCUUUUGUUAUACUCCGCAUUGUUGUUCCGGUCUUACCUCCCCAUCCUCUCAGCAGACGAGUUUCUCCAGUAGCCAAGCUUGGAAUUCGCACUCUUCCCAUACUCUCACCCGCAGACAAGGGGCAUCUCUGGCUCUCAAGCCUCGACCUUAUUGCCCUUGUCAUUUUCUUUUGGCAAAUUGUCAAUGAAUCAACUACUGGACCAUCUGGUCUUGCACUUGCUUUCGAUCCAGGAUCAGCGAUACGCCUAUGGAUUGCAACGACAAUACGUCAGACAUGCCUCCUAUUUGUCGCUUCAGCCACACUUCUGCAAGUUCGCAUGGCCCAGUCAGUCACAUUUGGCUCGCGUCAAUGGAUGAUAUGGGCGCCUACUACUCUGAUAAUUGCUGUUUCUGCCACCACUGCCGGCCUGUUGUCAGUAACAGGAAUCAGUAGCUUGUUCUACGGGUUAACCGGUUAUUCAGUUGUCACAGCCAUCUUGACCAGUGUAUCAUUUGGCUACCUCAUCCACACGUUAUUUGCAAUCAAAAAGAACCUUGCAGUCGUAGCCGGAACAAACCCAUGGCCAUCGGUCAGAGAAGUGGAGGAAAAGCCUAGGCCUUCUUUUGCAACAGAAGAAAUUGACGCACUCCGAGAUGGUGCCUCUUGGAUCACCUCAAAUGCUAGUUCUCGCAGAAACUCUAUGUCAACUUGGUCGUUUACUACCCACCAAACGGCUACGACUGUAGCUCAGCAGGUAAGAGGACUCAGGACCUCUAAACAGAGUGACAUGCAAAUUCCGCCGGUACCACCUCUUCCAUCACCUUACGGGCCAUUGUCUCCUGUGGAUUCCGAUCCGUUUCGACGAGAUCUUCCUCCUUUUCCUGAUAGUCAACAACAAAAGCCUAGAAUGGGUUCGCAAAGCUCUUGGUUGACUUCUUCCCAAGGGUCACAUACAACUAUGACUUCUUGGUCCUACCCCACAGCAAGUCACGAUGGCACAGUUCGCCUUCCGAGUACCCAAGAUUAUCCUACUGCCUACUCUCCGGCAUUGGAUACAGUGCUUACAGCUACUCAGUCAAUGGUUGCAAUCCACGAUUUAGGCGCUGAAGGAUUUCCCUCAAGUGGUAUGGAGGUCGAAAAGGGUCUCGCAGCUCUGGCACCUCUGGGCACUUCCAUUGAAAUUUCCAUGCUUCCCGCUUAUGGAUGGUCCGUCACAAUUUGGCUUCCCCUAUGUUUCUCGCUUCCUUACUUUAUUCUUCUAUCACAGGGCUCGACACCAUCUCCAGUAGUAGAGAUGCUUUUUGUGUUAUCAAUCACACUUUCAUCACCUCUUCUGGCUUUUAACCUACUUUUCGGUUCUCCUAUUCCUAUUCCAGUUGGCCUGUUCGACCUCCCACCAAAUUUACCUGUGGAUCCACACCGUCCUCUUAUUCACGGAAGUCUACCCAUGCCCAAGAUUUCUCAAGAAUAUAAACGCAGCACCAGUAGCUUGAGUGUUACUGUAGUCGAGGGUCGCCGUAGCGGUGACGUGUGGAUCAGCAAAGGCGAUGCUGUUGAUGGAAAAGGAAAACUUGGAAGGGCAUUUGGGAUGCUUUCUGCGUUGCCCAAGCUUUCAGUCCUUCCACCCGAAGAGAACCACGAUGAAUGUGAUAUGCCACCCGUCCCAUUCCGCGAUGACUCUCUUCCAGUUCAUGUUAAUGGAACGCCUCAAUCCGAUAACAGUGUUCAGUUUGGGCGGUUCAGGGCAGAUUCCAGGGCAAACACUCGUAGCUCGGCUGCAGAUGAUUCGAGCUUAGCCUUUGCCAGCCGUAUUAUGGUCGCUCAAAGGCAUUAUUCAGCACUUGCUCAGACUGUUCAUGUGGCUGCACUAGGAACAAGUGUCGAGGAAGCUCGCGAGUUUCCUGGUGAUGCAGAUAUACCUUUGAGUGUUGCAUCCGGUAUGACAAUAAAUAAACGUGUUAGCCAGUCUUCGCACCUCCGAUCGCGGUCUGUUACUUCAACCAUACCAGGGACCCCAACAGCCCAACAACGGUUUAGCAUCAGCCCUCCGCCUUCAUUCCCUUUGCCGCCCACGCCUCCCAGUGUCAGAGCUGCUCGACUGGCUAUGCUAUCUCACAAGAAGUCGUUCUCUUCUGGCCAACACUGUACUCUCGCUACAAUUGAUGAUUUGAAUGAAAUCGAUGCAAUGACAGCAGGUGUCCUUCCUCUUCUUGUCCCCGGCCUUACUCUGGGCGAUGAUAUGAAAAUCAAGAAAGAUGAUUACAGCCAACUUGGGACAUACAGCAAGAGCAAGGGCCGAAAAAUUGCCAAGAAGCUCUCGGAAUUUGGUGCAGACUUUGCUCCCGACGACGUACAUACGAUUCCUUCCAAAGAGCUUCAUGAACGAGGGCGAUCUGGACACAAAAAGAAUCACUUCAGUCUUCCUAGUUUGAGUCUUCCCAAGGGUACAAUGCGCUCUCUAGCAUCAUGGAGCUCUGAGUUCCGACAAGGCCUAGAGAAUAAGGUUAGCCAAUAUGCAACUCUAUCGAAUAAUGAUGUUACUGGCCAUCGAGACACUGUCUCAGAAGUGAAGCCGGCUGUUGUCAACCUGCGAUCAAUAAAUGACGAGAAAGAGCGAAAUUCAAUACCUUUAGCACGUACGACAUCUACCCGUUCUCUUGGUCUACAUGCAGAUGUACCGCACAAUGUCGAUACUGCCCGCUCAUCGGUUGUUAGUAUUUCCAACAUACCUCCUUCUGCUGCUUCAACCAUCACCCUUUUCGAGGAUUUUGAAGCCGGUCUGUUAUCUGAACCCCUGGGUGAAAGCACACCUCACCAGAGUACUCUGACCCAAGGAUCUCGUCGACAACAAUCUGCCAUGCGACAAAAACGUCAAUCGGCUAUUCGAUAUAUUAAAUCUGACGAAGAACCGCGGUCUGAUACACGCUUCAUUGAUCAAACGACUCCAGAGGUCGCCACCACCCCCACAACUUCCUCAACGUGGUCGCUGCGGUCUGUUAAACCGCUUGCUCAAUCAACGAACCGAUCUGCCCGUAAUAGUCCAGAUGGAAUUUUACCCAAGGAAGGACUUCGAACCUUGACUCUUGUCAAAAAGCAUGAAAGCCUCAGCGAAAAGACUGCUGACAUUUCUGGGACCUCAUCUCCUUCUGGGAUUCGCCCUUUAAAUCUUGGAAAACGACAAAGGCUCCGUCCGGUAAAUAGAGACGAAAAUUCUAAUCCUGUUAGCACUUCAGCGACUCCGCGCAACAAGAACUUUAAAGAAUUAACUCUGGCACGCUCAGAGACGAGCAAAAUUAGAGGAAUUCUGCGCAAGACCGAAAUUCUUCCUGACGUCGUUGUUCGCCCUCCUUCGUUAUCAGAACGCAAUUCGUUCACUUACAACUUUCGUGAUUGA